AAACGGUAACGCGACGGAAAUCGCGGUGCUCGUUGUUUUUCGCUAAUCGGUUUCGUUCUGGAGCGAGUCGGAAAAUCGACAGUUGCGUGGAUGGCACAACAAGAUUGUCAGUGGUGUCACUAAUGCAAAGGUGUAAUACAAGAUGUACAAUGGAAUUGGGUUACAAACACCGCGUGGUUCUGGGACUAAUGGGCAUGUUCAAAGGAAUUGGGCAAUUGUACGAAAGACAAAAGACAAAGUCACUUAUAAAACUGAUGAGGGAAAACUAGACCAGCUUAAUAAGCAACCUAACAAAGAAAUUCUUGACCAUGUUAGAAAAAGAAAAGUAGAAGUAAAAUGUGCAGAAUUAGCAGACAUUUUAGAGGAACAAGGAUUUACAACAGAAGAGGUAACAAAGAAAGUAGAAUCAUACAGAUCCAUGUUAAUGGGAACAGACACCAAGCCAGCAAUACCUAGAGAUGAAUUUGGCCGCGUAAAUGUACGAGAAACACACCAGAUUGCCGAGGCGCAGCAAGAGAAAAAUGCAAAGUUGCGCGAAGCGUUCGGCAUAUCGGAGUUCUUUGUGGAGGGAAGUAGCCUAGAUCCGGAGAGGCACGCGCGUGAGGCGGAGGCGAGAGCCGCGGCGAGUAAAGUGUACGAACUGGUACGAACACCGAGUCCCGCUCCGGAUACCACGUCCGCGCCGGAGAAGAAGAAACGAAAACGGUCCGGUAGCGCGAUCAAAAAGAAAAAGGGGAAGAAGCACAAGAAGGAAAGGUCGGAAUCGCCAAAGGCUAGCAAGAAAAAAGAAAAGUCUAAGAAAAAGAAAAAGGAAAAGAAACACAAGAAGACUGAGGCUAGUUCCUCUGAUAGCGAUACCAGUGAAGCUUCAGAUGAUAGCAGUUCAUCCGAAACUGAGUCAAAGAAGAAAAAGAAAAAGAAGAAGAAGAAGGCAAAGGCGGAGGCAAAAGAAAAGCACGAGAAGAAAAAAGUAGCUGUCAAGAGGAAGCAUCAGUCAUCUGAGAGCUCGUCGGAUAGCUCUCCAGAGAGGCCGAAGAAGUCUAUGAAACAUGACAAAGCCGUGGAAAAGUCUAAAAACGAUGAGGCGGAGACGACGACGAAAGAGCCUCGAUCGAAUCGCUCACCCAAGAAGCAGGAAAAAAGUCGAAAUGAAACUCCGCCGGUUAAAAAGAAAGAUUCCCCUGUCAAGAAGGUUGUACCAGAAAAGCGAGAAAAAACGCCUGUUGUACACAAGAGUCCUCCACCGCGAAGACACAGAUCUCCAUCAAGGAGCAGAGUCGACAGAGGCAGGUCUCCAAGAAGGUACUCAAGAUCACGACGAGUCAGUCCUUCGCCAAGAAGAAGAAGGAUCUCGAGGUCUCCAAGAAGAUACAACAGGUAUUCGGUAUCGAGAAGUAGAAGUCGAUCGAGGUACGAUCGUUAUGGAACACGGCGUAGAUUGUCACCGCUUCCUAGACGCAGGAGAUCUGAUUCUCGACGAAGAUCUAGGUCGCCGAGAAGGCAGAGAGACAGGAGGGAAAGAUCCAGGGAUCGUCGUAGAAGCCGCAGCAGGACAAGGAGUAGAUCUAGACGAUCCACCUUGAGUUAUUCUCCCGUGAGGAAGAAUCCAGAACGAUACAAGCAUAUAUUGGAGGACAAGAAGAAAAGGGAUCAAAAGAAGAAUCAUGAUAACAAACGAAAGUCCCGGUCGAGCUCUAGAAUCAGAAAAAUGAGAACGAUCACACCGAGGGUUAGGUUACGAUCCUCUAGCGAAGAUGAAACAGACAUAGCAGACGACGAACCGAAAGUAGAGGAUGAAGAGAAAAUGAAGGAGUUCCAUACAUUGAAGCGUUUACAAAGUGGACUAGCCGCGAAGGCUAGAGAGAGUCUUGGAAAGAAAGUCAUCAGCCCUGUAAAGCUUAAAAUUGACAAGAAAGAGGAUAAUGUAUUGGAUAUAGCUUUACCAAAUGAUCCACCUAAAAUGGUACAAAACACUGUUGGUCCUGUACAAGAGAAAUCUAAGUCAAAAUCACCUAUAUCUCACCUACCUGCUAUUCAAUCACCGGUGUCCAGUAGAUCGCCUUCACCCGCGUUGCCAUUGACACGAGAAGAGGCAGCUAUAAAAAUAAGAUCUCCCAGUGAGUCACCUCCUCCAUUACCGCAAGUCUUGAACAAACUAGAACCAAGAUCACCGAUCGUAACAACUAAGACGAAUCAACGUUCGAAGUCUCCAAGUACCUCUAAAAAAGAUUCGCCAGUUAUUUUAAGGAAACACUCGUCACAGAGCACAUCGUCCUCGCACUCGCCGCCCAUAGUAGUGUCCCAUAAAGAUACUACUAUAAAAUUGCGUUCUCCGAGCGAAUCUCCGCCUCCGAUACCGAGCAACAAGGCGAAACAACGAUCUGCAUCUCCGACCACCUCGAAGAAGAAUUCACCAGUCUCUAGAAAGCACUCUCCAAGAGAGAAGUCUUACUCCAGGUCACCCUCUAGAUCGUACACGAGGUCUGUGUCGUUAGAGAAAAGGUCUUCCAGAUCUCCCAGACAUCGUUCGAGGUCUGCCUGCAGAGACAAAAAAUCGCGUUCAGGUUCAAGGGGCAAGAAAUCACCAUCUCCAAGGCACAGGACCUCAGUAUCACCAUCAAGAUCCAAGAAAUCACCAAAAUCUCCUGCGAGAUCAAAAAGAUUGACCAGAUCGAGAUCUUCCUCGGAAUCAAAACGUUCUGCAUCUAGAUCUCCGUCACGCUCAAAGAAGUCUCCGUCUCAUUCGCCGGAGAAGUCAAGGUCCAGAAGCAGGACUAGGUCAUUGUCCAAACGGUCCAGGAGUCGUUCUCUGUCGAAAAAGUCUAGAAGUAGAUCGUUGUCGAAGAAAUCGCGUAGUCGGUCGUUGUCGAAGAAGUCGAGAAGUCGGUCAUUGUCGAAGAAGUCGAGGAGUCGUUCACGAUCGUUGUCCAGGAUAUCGCGGGAUAAGGAAAAGAGAAGUCGUAGCAGGAGCAGUUCACGUUCUUCUUUAAGUUCAAGGCACAGUCGUAGAAGUUUCUCUAGUUCAUCACGAUCAUCAAGCAGUGUAUCCAGUAGGUCUUCUCGUUCAACGUCCAGCAGCUCAGCUUCUAGCAGGUCUCGAUCCCCGUCGAUACCUCGACGCCACGGUUCACCUAGUUUUCUAGAUAGACGUCGUAUCACAAGCGCCAGGAAACGACCAAUUCCAUAUCAUCGACCUACUCCGACUCCACCUUCGUCACCGAGUAGUUCAGAUAGCAGCAGACAUAGUAAUUGGUCAAGUCCAAGUCAUCGAUCAAGUUGUUCCCCAAGUCGGAGUCCAUCGUACACGCGUUGA